AUGAUUCUCUCUACAAACUCUUUCGAAGAUCCACAAUCUCAAAGAGGCUUUUGGCAAAAAACCUACGGAAACUUCAUUUCUAAGCCUCCAGCCCCUUUGGAGGACUUAAUUUACCAAGGAUGGCUUUCCCUGCCCCUUUCAGACGGCUCGUGAAAGAAAAGGUAUUUUGUGCUGACUUCAAAAAAAUUAUUGUAUUGCAAAAGUCAAAAAGACAUCCGUAUAAGAAAAGAAGCAUGCAUUGAUUGAAAAAUCCUUAAACCGUUCUAUGAAAUAAAAAAAAACUCAAAAGCUUUUGGAUUUAAAUUACAGGGUAGCAAUAAUUCCCAAGACUUUUAUGUUGAUAGCAAAGACAUCUUACUCCAUGAAAUAUAAAAAAUAGAAAAAAUCUUAAUUUUUGGAAAAAAAAUUUACCUAUGCUAUGCAUGUUUCUAAAAUAAGCCCUAUAAAUUAAGCUACUAAUUUAUUUAUAAAUAUUACUUGAAUAUAAAAAAAAUGUUUUAGUUCUCAAAGGAGUUAGAAGAUUGAUUAAGCCGUUUAUCACCUUUGACAAUUCUGACUGACUUUGAUGAAGAUUAUUCCUUACAAAAAGAAAUCGGCCGAGGAAAUUACUCAAAAGUGUUUAUGGCAAUAGAAUACUUAAACAGGCAGCCUUAUGCUGUAAAAACAAUCCCAAAAGAGUCACAAAAUCAAAGUUUUAUUGACACCUUGAAGUCAGAAAUAGAAGUAAUGAGAAAAAUUAAGCAUCCUAGGAUUAUUACUUUACAUUAUGUUUAUGAAACUGAAGAGGCCUUCCAUUUGGUUAUGGAUUACGUCAGAGGUGGAGAACUACAAAGGAGACUAAAAAUGGGGAAAUACCCAGAGCACAUUGCAGCUGCGUUUAUGCGAAAUUUAUUAGAUGUAAUAGAUUUUCUGCAUAAUAAUGGAAUUGUACACAGAGAUAUCAAGCCAGAAAAUAUUUUGGUUUUGUCUGGAGAUAUACAUAAAUAAAAUAAAAAAUAAUUUUCUAAUAAAUAAUGGUAUAGUUUAAAUUAAAAUAUAAUAAAACAUAAAAAUUUUAUUUAUUUAAUAACGAAUAAUUAUACAGAAUUUAAGCUCUGUGACUUCGGACUCUCUGCCCUCCUAAAGCAGACAGAAGACCUUUCUCUUAGAUGCGGCUCUCCAGGAUUCGUAGCCCCCGAAAUCCUUCGCCGGCAGCGAUACAGCACCAAAGUUGAUCUUUUCAGCGCAGGCGUCAUUUGUUAUAUUAUGCUUACUGGGAAAUACCCUUUCACUGGCUCUUCCCCAAACGAAAUUCUCCUCAAAAACAGAGAAUGCCGAAUUGAUUUUGACCUUGAGGAGUGAAACAACAUUUCCAAACUUGGACGAGACUUCGUAAUGUCUUUAACCCAAGAAAACCCAGAACAACGGCCAAGCGCCCAUGAAGCACUUUGUCAUCCCUGGAUUUCUGGGACGCACACAACACAGCAAGGCUUAGCCAUUCCAGAAGAAAUGAAAAAUAAAGGAAUUUCAUUAAAUCUUAUGCAGAGACAAAAGAAAUUAAACGUAGAAAGCAGCUCAUAUUUACAACAAUUCCGAAGACCUGCAGUACCUAUAAAAGGAUUUAUACCUAUAAAAGACAAUGGAAUCACUAUGGCGAAAUCCAGAUUAUUGAUGAAAAUUUUGAGGGAAGAAGAUAGGGAAGGAAUAAAUGAAGUAAAACAAAUUUUUGAUAUAAAAUCAAAUAGCACAAGAUCGAAAGAAUCCCAAGAAAGCACUGAUGCCACGCCAUCAAGGAGCCGAUAUUUGCCAGUAAAUUAA